UAUAAAUGGCACUUAGCAUUCCUCCGAAUGCAUCAGUAACUGAGAAGCUGAGGAGGUAAAGGAGCCAAACUGAGAAAAACCGAAGAUGGCACCUGUGUCCUCGAGUUCUGGCACCGAUGUUGAGAAGUCCGAUGCCGUGGGUUUAGCGUUAUGCCCAAGGAACCUGUUCAUCCCUUGGGCCAAAGACGCGAGAUGCUGGACAUGGGACCGAAUCCCACUCGAGAGCCAAGAUUACCGUCAGAUCGACGUGCCAGAACUCUUGAAGGUAGCCUGGCUCGACGUCCGUGGGAAUUUCAACAUGUCACAGCUCACAGCGAUGACAUGGUAUGAGGUCGUGAUGGAAGUGAAGCUGAAAGAGCCAUGCCAAGGAUGGGCGUUACCAGUGACCCUCGAAAUCUGCAAGGCGGAUGGUACCUCAACCUCCAGUCAAGUGACGCUCGACUCCAUGCCGCGGAACCAAUGGCACAACCUUGUCGUUGGCAACUUCGAGGCCACAGGACCCAGGGAGGUCCAAUUCUCACUGAAGGAGACGACAUGGGGAAACUGGAAGAAGGGGCUUCUCAUCAAAAGAGUCUUGGUCAGGCCUGCGGUGAGUCCAAACCCCGGGUAUGGUGUCAAGGGUUUGGUUAUAUACCCGGAGGACAUGUGGAUCUCUUGGGGACGAGAUGCAAGAUACUGGAAGUGGAACUGCCUCUUGUUCGACAGCCAAGAUUACGGUGAGAUUGAGGUGCCAAAGCUGUUGGGAGUAUCCUGGCUCGAGAUCCGUGGGAGCUUCGAAAUUUCGAAGCUCAAAGCAGGCGCAGCGUAUGAGGUCGUCAUCGUUGCAAUGUUGAAGGAGCCAUGUUCAGGUUGGGAGUCUCCGCUGACCCUUCAUCUGCUGAGGCCGGAUAGUACCUCGGCCUCGCGUGAAGUGACCCUCAAGGGCAUGGCGUCGAACAGAUGGCUGGACCUCGUUGUUGGUGACUUCUUAGCAGCAGGAAGUGGCCUGGUAGAAUUCUCCAUGACGGAGACCAAGGUGGGGAACUGGAAGAAGGGGCUUAUCAUCAAACACGCCCUCAUCCGACCGGUGCACGACUAGGGGACACCAGCCAAAUCCCAUGGUUAAUUUCUUAUGUCAUGGCUUCCCCUGUUUUUAGCCUUGUAAUAAGCUUAGAGGUGAGUUGCUUGCAGUAGCUAUAUGAAUGCGCCCACUCCUUGUGGUAUUUGUAGCAGCUGAGAUAUCUGGAUACAACCUAUCUGUCCUUUUUUGUGAUGAUACCGGCCUAUCAGUCCUUUUAUGGGAAUUAAGUUGACUAUUCUAAAGAUCAAAUUAUCGCCAGCAUGUAUAGGUUUCAUUAAUCUAAAGAGUGAUACAAUAGAGCGCCGACAAA